AAUCAGAAGAAGAAAAGGGAUGGGGAGAAAUCUUGCUGCUAUGAUUGUGCUCUGUGUCCCGAAGGGAAGAUUUCUAACCAGACUGAUAUGGACGACUGUUUCAAAUGCCCAGGAGCUCAGUAUCCAAGCAAGAAUAAAAAUGAUUGCACCCCCAAAGUUUUAACCUUUCUAUCAUAUGAAGAACCUUUAGGAAUCACUUUAGCCUUAGCUGCAGUUUCUUUUUCUCUGCUCACAGCCCUCGUGUUAGGAAUAUUUAUAAAGCACAAAGAUACGCCAAUGGUGAAAGCCAACAACCGGGACCUCUCAUAUACUCUCCUCGUCUCCCUCCUGUUCUGUUUCCUUUCUUCUAUGCUAUUCCUUGGCCAACCUGGGAAAGUGACCUGCCUUCUCCGACAACCAACAUUUGGCAUCGUCUUCUCAGCGGCUGUUUCUUGUGUGCUGGCAAAGACCACCAUAGUUUCUCUUGCAUUCAUGGCUACAAAACCAGGAUCCAGAAUAAAGAAAUGGGUGGGGAGGAAAGUGUCCUAUUCAAUUGUAAUUUGCUGUUCACUCAUUCAAAUGUGGUUUUGUACUGCUUGGAUGGCAACCGCUCCUCCAUUUCCUGAUUUAGACAUGUACUCAGCAAAGGAAGAAAUCAUUGUGCAAUGUAAUGAAGGGUCAGUUGUCAUGUUCUACUGCGUCUUGGGCUACAUGGGUCUUCUGGCCAUCACCAGCUUCAUUGUGGCAUUCCUAGCCCACAAGUUGCCUGAUAGUUUUAACGAAGCCAAAUUCAUCACUUUCAGCAUGUUGGCCUUUUGCAGUGUUUGGCUGUCCUUUAUUCCAACUUACCUGAGCACCAGAGGGAAAGGCAUGGUGGCUGUGGAGAUCUUCUCCAUCUUGGCCUCCACCGCAGGGUUACUGGGUUGUAUCUUUUGCCCUAAAUGCUACAUCAUUUUGUUGCGACCAGAGCUGAAUAGGAGGGAGCAACUGAUAAGGAGAAAGCUAUGA